UGGAACUAGAUCUCACCAAAACAAACAUGGCGGACGUGGACAAUUUUCUUUUACAAAGCUAUUCGUUUGUGUAUAAUUUCUUUUUUAAGGGUCUCGUAGCUUUGGCGGUAUUGCUGAUUGUAACGUUGUUGACUAAAAUGUUCAGUCAUCAAGGCUAUAGACGUCACUCAGGCUCGGAUGAUACGAAUUUUUGUUCAUCUCCCGAGUGCCUUCGAUGUUCUCACAGAAAAGAGGCUGCAUCAACUGAAGUCGUGUCGAAGAAGUUGGACGAAUUUGUACGUGUAAGAGGAGAUAGAGCCGGACUUGAACGGUUGUAUAAUGGAAUUGAAUACUGCGGGACACAAGAGGACGGGACCGAUCUAUUACCUGCCCAAAAACCUACAGUAUUUUACCUUGAUGGUCUUGGCACUAAACCUUGGCAUAAUUACUACUCUGCACAACUAAGUUCUUUACUUUCGUCAGCGAAUUUUGAAUCGAUAAAAUCAGAAUUUCAACAGAUUCGAUUUCGCGCAAGUGAGGGGUGGUUUAAAAAUUCAACCCUCCAAGGGGAAUGGUCAGUUUAUCAUCUGAUUAAUCAAGGAGAAAAAGUUGAAAACAACUGUAGUACAUGUCCAAAAACUAUGGAUAUAAUCGAAUCUGUUGUACCCCUGCUGAAGGGAUGCUCGUUUGGUAAUGUUUUGUUCUCGAUUCUUCAAGCUGGGACGCACAUAACGGCUCACUAUGGCCCAACAAACUGUAGGAUAAGGUGUCACUUACCUUUGUUUGUACCCAAGGGAUGUGUUUUGUGCGUGGACGGAGAGGAAAGGAGAUGGAAGGAGGGAGAGCUUUUGUUGUUUGAUGAUUCCUUCCUCCACGAAGCGUGGCACAAGGGAACGGAUGGGGAAAGAGUUGUUCUUAUGUUGGAUCUCUGGCAUCCAGAGCUCACUAUGGUUGAAAGGGAAGCACUCGCAUUUAUGUUCCCACCACAAUGCAUGGCCAAGUGAAGAAAAAGCAAAUGAUGUCAUAAAAACAUGGGAGAUCUUGUAACAUUUUUAGCUAUUUCAUAUUAUUUAUUGUAAAUUAAGUUAUUAUGUGUACCAAUAAAGGCUGGUUUUCACUAGCGACGGAGUCAUAGUCAGAAUCGUAGUCGGAGUUGUAAGAGCACUUAUGACCUAGUGAAAAUCGAAAAUCGCAGUCGUAAGCGGAGUCAUAAGCUUGAUGAAAUUGGAGACGGAAGAAUC